AUGGGCGGGGCUCUGCGCAUGCGCCGCGCGCGCCGCCCCACGUGUCUCCUCCCGCCGCGGCCGCCUCAGGUGCUCCCCGAGACCCCUGCACCGACACCGCCCGGCACCGGCCCCCGGCGCUCCCCACAGCACGGCCCCCCCGGCCACGCCCCCCCCGGCUGCGCGGCACGGCCCCCCCCGAGGGCCGCCCUGGUGCGGCAGUGGGUGGCCUUCGCCGAGGGCGACCUGGCCACGGCCGCGGCCAUCGCGCUGGGGGGGCCCCCCGAGGCCCGUGCCCGGGGGCUGCAGGAGCUGCGCCGGGGGCUGGGGGCUCUCGAGGCCCACCUGAGCGGCCGCUCCUUCCUGGUGGGGGACGGCGUCACCCUGGCCGAUGUCACCGUGGCCUGCGCCCUGCUGGCCCCGUUCACGCAGGUGCUGGACGCCCCCUCCCGCGCCCCGUUCCCGGCGGUCACUCGCUGGUUCCUGGGCUGUGUCCGGCUUCCUGAGUUCCGGGCGGAGCUGGGGGACGUGCGGCUCUGCGGGGGGGGGGACCCCACGCCCGCCCCCCCCGGGACCCCCGGGGAGCAACCCCAGGGGGUCUCCAGGGGUCCUGGUCCGGGGGGGCUGGGCCAGGCCGAGCCCCCCCCCGCCAAGAGCGCGGCGCAGCUGAAGAAGGAGGCGAAGAAACGGGAGAAACUGGAGAAAUUCCAGCAGAAACAGGAGAAAAACCGGGAGCUGCAGGCCCAGGCCCAGGCCAAGGCCAAGCCCAGCCGGGCCCGGCGGGAGCUGCAGGGGCUGCGCUAUGAGACCCCCACCCCCCCCGGCUGCAAGAAGGGUAUGGGGGGCUUUGGAGUCCCCAAAACCCCCCUUAAACCAUCCAGAGAUCCCAAAAACCCCCCUUAA